CAAAGUUUGAUCCCAGAAGCCCAGGUCCCAGAAUAUGGAAGAAUCUGAGAAGCAUAGAACACUAGACAACACAGCACAUUUUGGAAGCUCUGCUGAGACUAUACCAGCCAGUUCAAAGAAGGCAAGCAACAAAGUCUUAGUGACUCAGAAUGAGGAGCAGCAGUACUGGCCUCCGAACAUCUACUCCUUGAAGAAGAAACACUGCUGUCCAUCCACCAGUGUCAAGGAAGCACCACAUCUGACAACAAGCCAUGGUUUCUCAUUCCUCAGCUCUCCAAGUACACCCAACAUGGCAUCCCCCAGCUGGCCAACCUCCACAGCAGUGCUGGGGUUCUUGGGCUCUGAGUCCUUGGAGAACCCUCUGGAGAAAAGAAUUUUGACAGGGCUGCCUGACAUGUCUGGACACCAUAUGAGAGAAAAACCUUCCCCGCUCUUCGACCAAGCACUUUCAAGUUCUCCAACGCACGAGUCUCCAAGUCAGACAUCACCUAAUCCCCCUACAGCCACAGCCAUGCUGGGGAGCUGGGUACCUCUGCUUCCCACUGACCCAGAGCCAAGCAAUCAGGAAGCUUUUGGGACCAGGUUCACGAUGGAUAGAACUGCUGGAAAUUAUUGCACAGAAAGCAAAAAAAGAUACCAGGACCAGAAGGCAGAGAAGCCCUGCCCCACACAGUCUUCAAAAAACGAAGUUUUGCACCUAAAAUUCAUACAUCUGUUACUUUUACAAAAAGAUCUUCUCAGAGGCCAGGAGCUCCUGGCCAGGGAAAGCUGCCAUCACAACACAGUAGAAGAGCAAGGACAUUUGGUUGAGAUCCAAGACUUAUUUGGGCCUGUCUCAGGUAUCCAAGAAGAACCUCACACAGUCAUACUGUAUGGGGCUGCUGGUAUUGGGAAAUCAACACUGGCCAGACUGGUGAGGGUAGGCUGGGAGCAAGGCCAGCUCUAUAGGGACUGCUUCCAACAUGUUUUCUUCUUCAGUUGCAGAGAGCUGGCCAGGAGCAAGGUCAUAAGUCUGGCUGAGCUCAUUGCACAAGACUUGAGUGAUUCUGCAGCUCUCAUUCGGCAGGUCCUGUCUCGGCCAGAGCUGCUCCUCUUCAUCUUGGAUGGUGUGGAUGAGCCAAAAUGGGUCUUACAGGAUCCAAACUCUGAGCUCUGUCCACACUGGAACCAGCCACUUCCAGUGCCUGCACUGCUGGGCUCUUUGCUAAGGAAAACCAUACUUCCCGGGGCUUCCUUUCUAAUUACAACUCGGACCACAGCUCUGCAGAAGCUCAUUCCUUCUUUGAAGCAGCCACACUGGGUGGAAGUCCUCGGCUUUUCUGAGAGUAGAAGAAAUGAAUAUUUUUACAAAUAUUUCACAGAUGAAAGGCAAGCAAUUAAGGCCUUUAGAUUGGUGGAAUCAAACCCAGAGCUCUUGACCCUGUGUCUCAUACCCUGGGUGUGCUGGCUGGUCUGCACUUGCCUGAAGCAGCAGAUAGAACAGGGGAAUGAACACCCACUGACCUGUCAGACCACUACAUCUCUCUGCCUGCACUACCUAUCCCAGGUUCUCUUGACUCAGGACCUAAGGACAUCAUUCAGGAGCCUCUUCACUCUGGCUGCUGAGGGCAUCUGGCAAAGAAAGACGCUGUUCAGUGCAGAUGACCUCAGGAUGCACAGGUUAGAAGAUGACAUCAUCAUCACCUUCUUGAAGAUGGAUGUCCUUCAAGCUCACCCCAGGACUCUGAGCUACAGCUUCACUCACCGGUGCAUGCAGGAGUUCUUUGCAGCAGUGUCCUGUGUCUUGGGGGAUGAGGAGGAGAGCAAUGAGCAUCCUGGCAAUCUCAGAGUCACGGGAAAAUUACUAAAAGUGUAUGGAAGGCAUAACCUGUUUGGGGCACCAACCGUGUACUUCCUAUUUGGCCUUUUAAGUGACCAGGGGGCCAGGGUAUUGGAGAACAUAUUCACCUGCAAGCCACCUGUGGAGCAGAGAUGGGAGCUGCUGCAGUGGAUCCAAGAGGAAGUCCUCCCAUGGCCUUCAUACUCCCUGGACAUGCUCCAUUGUUUCUAUGAGAUUCAGGAUAAGGAGUUCCUCACGCAGGUGAUGGCCCAUUUCCAUGGAACAAGAAUAUGCAUCCAGACAGACAUGGAGCUCAUGGUGUUCAUUUUCUGCAUUAAAUUCUGUAGCCAUGUGAAGAGGCUUCAAUUAAAUGAAAGUGAGCUACAGGAACUGGGAUGGAAGCCCUCCAGGGUAAUUCUGUCCACGUGGAAACCACUAACAAAUGAUAGUUGGAAGGUUCUCUUCUCCAUCCUCAGGGACACUGGCAGCCUGAAGGAACUGGAUCUAAGUGGAAAUUUACUAAGUCACACUGCCAUGCAGAGUCUUUGUGAGUCACUGAGACACCCUCACUGUCGCCUGGAGACCCUGUGGCUGGGCGGCUGUGGCCUCACAGCCAGCUGCUGCCAGGACCUGGCCUCUGCGCUCAGUGCCAGCUGCAGCCUGACAGAGCUGGACCUGCAUCAGAAUGACCUGGGCAUCAAUGGUGUGCAGCUGCUCUGCCAGGGGCUCAGGCAUCCCACUUGCCAACUCACACUGCUGUGGCUUGACCAAACUCUUCUGAGGGAGGUGAAGGAGGAGCUGAGGGUCCUGAAAGAAGAGAAACCUCAGCUGCUCAUCUGCAGCAGAUGGAAGCCACAUGCGAUGUUUCCUUCUGAGGGCAGGGAUGGAGGAAAGAUGGGUAACAGCACAUCCUCACUCAAGCGACAGAGACCACAGUCAGAGGGAGGUUCCCCACAGUUCCCCCAGAUGGAACCUUUCCUUUCACCCUCUCUUUCCCAUCUGAGAGGCCAGCACAUGAAACCCCUGGGGGCUGAAGAUAACUUCCAUGGACCAACAGGGCCUGUGCCUACUGAAGUUGUUGACAAGGAGAGGAACCUGUGCAGAGUUCACUUCCCUAUGGCUGGUUCAUACCACUGGCCCAAUACAGGCCUUGGCCUUGCAGUGACAAAGGCAGUGACCAUUGAGAUUGAAUUCUGUGCCUGGGACCAAUUCCUUGGCAUCAGUGAACUGCAGCAUACCUGGAUGGUAGCAGGACCUCUCUUUGACAUCAAGGCUGAGCAGGGAGCCGUGGCCGCUGUGUACCUCCCUCACUUUGUAGCUGUCCAAGAGGGGGCUGUGGACACCUCCCUGUUUCAAGUGGCCCACUUUAAAGAGGAGGGGAUGCUCCUGGAAAAGCCAUCCAGAGUGGAGCCACAUUACACAGCCUUGGAAAACCCCAGCUUCUCCCCGAUGGGCGUUCUCCUGAGAAUGAUCCCUGCUGCUCGGCGCUUCAUCCCCAUCACCACCACUACACUGCUCUACCACCAUCUUCAUUCUGAGGACGUAACCUUCCACCUCUACCUGAUUCCAAGUGACUGCACCAUUCGGAAGGCCAUAGAUGAUGAAGAAAAGAAGUUCAAGUUUGUACAGAUACGUAAGCCACCCCCAACGGACCCCCUUUACAUAGGUACCCGCUACAUCGUGACUGGUUCAAGUAAGCUGGAAAUCAUCCCAAAGGAACUGGAGUUCUGCUAUCGGAGCCCCACAGAACCCCAGCUCUUCUCUGAGAUCUACGCUGCCAAUCUGGAAUCAAAGAUCCAGCUGCAAAUAAGGAACAAGAAAGAUGAGAUCCUAGUGUGGGAAGCCUUGUUGAAACCAGGAGACCUCAGACCUGCAGCUACUCUGGCCCAUCCAGCUUCCCUAGGUUCACCUGCACCUCCAAAUGCCCUGGCACUGCUGCACUUCAUUGAUCAGCACCGGGAACAGCUAGUAGCACGAGUGACAUCAGUGGACCCUGUGUUGGACAAGCUGCAUGGACAGGUGCUGAAUGAAGAGCAGUACGAGAGCAUGAGGGCUGAAGCCACAAAGCCAGAUCAGAUGAGGAAACUAUUUGGCUUCAGCAAAUCCUGGGACCGAGCCUGUAAAGACAAAGUCUACCAAGCCCUAAAGGAGUUCCAUCCAUACCUGGUCAUGGAACUCUGGGAAAAAUGGGGUGGAGGUACAGGGGGACUGUGACAGCUCAACUGCUGAGGACUAAAUUAGGAAAGAAGCCUCUAUGUGCAUUGUAUGUUCAUAUCCAGGGACACUUCACAGGCACCCUACAAUGAGGCUUUCUCCCUUGGCUUUUGGAGGACAGCUGUCCAGGAUGAGUAACAGAAUCUCGGGGGAUGUCUAUCUGGUUCUAGGAGAAAUAUCAGACCUCCUCUCCUCCAGGAAUGCCUCUGUUGUACAGUGAUCUACAUACUUUGAAGAGCCUGGUCUGCUGCCCAAGGCACCAAGCCAGAACCCUCUCCGUCCCAUGAUGCAGAUAAGAGUAGGUAAAGACAUGGAACUGUUUAUCUCUGCCUGGAUACCAAGUAGAAAAAAAUAUAUAUCCUGGG